GCGAGCUGCAGGCCAGUCCUCUGCCCUGUGCCAGAGUGGAGGGUUCAACAUCGACGUCUGAAUGACAGAGGUUCAUUUAUUUUUGCCUAAAUAUGAACUUAGAAAGACGAGAGUGAAUGCUUUUGAAAACACCUUGUCCAAGAAGUAUCCUGAAGGAUGGAUAUCUGAGUCAUGGUUGUCUAAGUCCAGAAAGGAUCUGAGAAUCUGGUUUCUAAUCAGAAGAGCUCCAUGUCUGACUCAGACCUUAUGAUGAGUGGGGGUCCAGCCAGCAGAGGCCCUGAGUGCCGCUCGCCUCCAACCCCCAGGAUAGAGCUGCUCAGCCCCUCCAAGGUGAAGGACUGCUCACAGAACGUCACAGAGAAGGUCACACAGGUUCUCUCCUUGGAGUCCGAUGUACUGCCCGAAUACAAACUCCAGGUGCCAGAAACAACAUGGUGGAUCUUGCUACACUACAGCCCGUUCAAGGCGUUUUGGGACUGGAUUAUUCUCCUCCUGGUUCUCUACACAGCUGUUUUCACUCCCUACUCAGCCACCUUUCUCCUGGAUGAACAUGGGGAUAUACGUCAAAGGAGUCAACGUUGCGGCUACACAUGCAACCCUCUGAACGUGGCAGACCUUUUGGUGGACGUGCUAUUCAUUGUGGAUAUUGUCAUCAACCUUCGCACAACGUACGUGAACCGCAACGACGAAGUGAUCACACAGCCGAGCCGGAUAGCCAAGCACUAUAUCAAAGGCUGGUUCCCCAUUGAUCUGUUCGCAGCAAUCCCUUUCGACCUUCUCAUUUUCAGAUCUGGCUCUGACGAGAUGGCAACCCUAACAAGCCUGCUGAAAACCGCUCGACUGCUGCGAUUGGUCCGUGUGGCAAGAAAGCUGGACAGAUAUUCUGAAUACGGGGCUGCUGUCCUGUUCUUGCUCAUGUGCACCUUUGUGCUAAUCGCCCAUUGGCUCGCCUGCAUUUGGUACGCUAUUGGCUUUGUGGAGAGGCCGUACACUGAGACCGGAUGGCUGGACAACCUGGCUGAGCAACUGGGCAAGUCAUACAACGAUACCGACACCGGCUCGGGUCCUUCAGUCAAAGACAAGUACGUCACGGCUCUUUACUUCACGUUGAGCAGUUUGACCAGCGUGGGGUUUGGUAACGUCUCUCCAAACACCAACUCAGAAAAGAUCUUCUCCAUAUGCGUCAUGGUUAUUGGCUCUCUUAUGUAUGCCAGCAUAUUUGGGAAUGUGUCAGCCAUCAUCCAGCGCCUGUACUCUGGUACAACCCGCUACCACACCCAGAUGCUGCGAGUCAAAGAGUUCAUCCGAUUCCACCAAAUCCCAGGUUGCCUUCGCGAAAGGCUGGAGGAGUACUUCCAACACGCCUGGUCCUACACAAAUGGCAUUGACAUGAAUGGCGUGAUGAAGGGAUUGCCCGGGUCCCUGCAGGCAGACAUCUGUUUGCACUUAAACAGAUCUCUGCUACAGAACUGUAAGGCUUUUCACGGAGGCAGUCAGGCCUGUCUGCGAACCUUGGGUAUGAGGUUCAAGACAGUCCACGCUCCUCCAGGAGAUAUUCUGAUCCACUAUGGAGACAUCCUGGACUCUCUCUUCUUCAUCGGACGUGGUUCAAUCCAAGUCAUCAGGGACGAUGUGGUGGUCGCCAUAUUAGAAAAGAAUGACGUCUUUGGAGAACCUAUAAACCUGUAUGAUGAGCCAGGGAAGUCCAAAGCAGACGUACACACCAUCACAUACUGUGACCUGCACCGCGUCCGGAGGGAAGACCUGCUGGAGGUCCUUGAUAUCUACCCCGGCUUUGCAGACAACUUCUGGAAGAACCUAGAGAUAACCUUUGACCUGAGAGAUGCGGAUCAAGUACCACCAAUAAUAACAACUGAUGAUUCCGGUGACGAGUAUGGGUGUCGACACAAGCUAAGACACAGAAAUCACUCCUUGGACUGCAGGAUAAGGCCAGAUGGAAUCGAUCAUGAGGACUCGUACCCCCAUCAGUCCUUGCGCCAUCGCCACUCACCUCCUCGGGCCCACUGGGAUGACCACUGCAGCUGCGAAUCCCCGUGUUCCCAGUCUAGCGACGACUUGGCUACGCCGCUUGCCCACAGUGCCAAAGUGGAGCUAUACCCUCCGCAAGAUGCCAGAAGCGACUUCCCCCCCUCUGUGGUGCAGCUGAUCCCCCCCAGUAGCACCUCAGUGGGGAGGGAGGCAGUGUUGGACCAAGAUACAUCUUUGAAUGUGCCGGGAAUGUAUCAGUGCUGGCCAGAAAGACCGACACAGCAGUUUUCCAGUCGCGCUUGGCGAUCUUCAUCAGUCCGCGACUCAUACCACCCUCCACCGUUCACAGAAGAGCGGCCCAUUGAGCUGGAGUCUCGACUGGAGGUUUUACAUUUGCAGCUCAACAGACUGGAGACUCGCAUGACAGCCGACAUCAAUGUUAUUCUCCAGCUGCUCCAGAGGCAGAUGGCUCCUGUACCGCCUGCCUACAGCAGCGUGUCGUCUGGUGCACUCCCCACUGAAGCACCUGGCCUGUAUGUGACUGGGACCCCAGUGCUGCACAGCAUGUACCCCACCCCCUCCCUACAACUGGACAGUCCGGCACUCGGACAGAGUUCUACCCAGACUGACCUUCAAUUCACCAAGAAGUCCCAGGAGUCGCUGUCCAGCGGCAUCCACAUGACGGUGGCUUCAGACGACACCAUGUUCAUGACUGUCACCCCAGAAAGUGAGACCAACGCAGGGUUGUCUCCGCAGCUGCCCCAGCCAUCAGUCAAAUCCUCCCUGCUGGAGAACCCCAGGCUGUGCGGCAGCCUCCGCUUCCCCUCUCUGCCGGGGAACCUGGACAUGACCGCGGGACUGGCUGACAUCCAGAAACACCUCUCAGACCCUGUGCUACCUGUCACCUGAGGAGCUCCAGAGACGAGAAGUGUGACAGUGCGACUUUAGAAGUAGUGAAACUCUGCUUCUAAAAGCUAUUUAAGAAAAGAUUCUUGUGUGUUUUUUAAAGUACAUUCCGACAGCAGUUAUUCAAUAAAGUUCUGACAAAAACAAGUACAAACAUCUCAUAUCUGUGGGUGCGCAGGCCUUUAAUAAGUUGACCUGCUUGUCUACCUACCUGACGGCCUACCUGCAUGCACUCAUUGCACGUUACUGGAGACUUCCACAAGCUUAAAUGGACAUGCUUUACAAACGUUUUGGAUUUGGAGAUGUUGGAGCUUUAGCUACGAACUGCUUUCGUUUUUAAUAACAUUGUACCCCAGAAAUAAUACGGCACAUAACACCCUGUGAAAGCAGGCGAGCGGUUUCCAUGUUUGCAGACUUUGAGCUAAGCUAAACUAGCCCACUUCUAGCUGAGACACAUGGGAGUGGUAUUAAUCUUCCCAUCUCAGGUCUCCUUGAAAAAGUAAUAAGAGCUUAUCCAGAAAUGUCAAACUGUUCCUUAAAAUAAAUCUUGAUCAUUUCUGUGGUGAUAUAAAUGUUGAAUUAUAUCACAUCUCAUAAUUUGCUAAGCAUCCAUUAAUGUUAUUAUUACAUUGCAGAACCAUUUCAGAAUCGGAUCAGUGAAAAUGAAUCAUGAAAGAUUGGUUUUCCGACUUUAUGUUUAGCAAAUAAUCACACAUCAUGACCCCGUACUGAAAUACCUACAACAAGUAAGAAAUCACUUCUGUUCACUCCCACGUCUUCACAUCCCCUCCCAACCCCAAAUAUCACAACAGAACUUAAUAUCACAACAGGACUCACAGCAUUUCUUAUACAAUGUCAGUUUUCUAGGCUGUUUGACAAAAAUGUAAGCUUCUCUAUAUUGUAACGGUGUUGGUUGAUGUGUUUCAGGCAGUGUUUUCUCAGUAUUGUACAGUGAAAUCUUUUCUCACUGUAAAUGUGUACUAUAGGUUCUCACCAUUAUGUUGACCACCUCACUGUGAAGAAGAUUUUGUCUAAAUAUAAAACUUCUGUGUAAUGGUUUAAACUGAGGGACGGUUUAUUCGUGUAUAAAAUAAAAUAGUGAUAUGAAUAAAAUAAGUGGUGCACAAAUACAAUGUUAUGGUCAAUGGUUAA